AUGCAAGCGCAUACUUCAGAUAAUGAUGAUAACAUUUCCAUUUUAUUGGAGGUGGAAGCGCUGGUCUCCCACUGGAACCUCUGUAUCAACCUGGGAGGCUUCUUCGUUGGUCUCUUCUCCGUGACCCUCUUUGGACCAUGGAGCGACAGUGUAGGCCGCCGGCCGGCGCUCAUCCUGCCGGCAGUGGGUAUGGCCGUGCAAGCAGCCGUCUGUCUUCUCGUCAUGUACCUGCAGCUGCACGUUGGCUACUUUCUCCUUGGACGCGUUUUGAGUGGCCUCAUGGGAGACUACAACCUGAUCCUGGCCAGCUGCUUCGCCUACGUGGCCGACACCAGUGACAAACGCGCACGUACAUUUCGCGUCGCCAUCCUCGAGGCAUGUCUCGGCAUCGCGGGCAUGCUGGCCAGCAUCGGCGGCGGCCAGUGGCGCAAGGCGCAGGGGUACAUCAACCCCUUUUGGCUCGUGCUUGCUGCCAGUCUUGCUGCCGCUCUCUACGCUGCUUUCUGUCUUCAGGAAUCGGUGAAGCAGCAGAAACCAGCCAGGCUGUUCACGCUCAGUCAUUACAAGGCUGUCUACAGGCUGUACACAGCCCCAGAACACUUGAGCUCCAGGCGGAAGCUCGCUCUUUACUCCCUGGCUUUCUUUCUUCUUGUCACUGUACAUUUUGGAACCAAGGACCUCUUGGUUUUGUACGAGCUUGGCUCCCCUCUCUGCUGGGCCGCUGAUCUCAUUGGGUACGGCUCAGCCGCCAGUUACCUGGCUUACCUGAGCAGCCUGGGAGGGCUGCGGCUGCUGCAGCUCUGCCUUGAAGACACCUGGGUGGCAGAGACAGGAUUGAUCUCCAAUAUUUCUGGACUGGUUGUGAUUUCUCUUGCUACUACAACACCACUGAUGUUUACAGGUUAUGGGAUUCUGUUCCUUUCCAUGGCAGCCACUCCAGUCAUCAGAGCCAAGCUCUCCAAGCUGGUCAGUGAGAUGGAACAGGGUGCUCUUUUUGCUUCCGUUGCCUGUGUGGAAGGGCUGUGUUCACUUGUGGCUACAGGAGUGUUCAACUCCCUCUACCCUGCCAGCUUGCACUUCAUGAGGGGAUUCCCAUUUCUCUUUGGGGCUAUAAUUCUUCUUAUUCCAGCAGCUAUUAUUGGGUGGAUAGAAAUCUGGGACUCAAACCACGACUACAGUCACUUCUCAGAUGCUUCCCUCUCCCCUGCAGAUGGCUCAGCAGCAACUUAGCAACGAGGAAUUGGCCAGCUCAGCAGUGUCCAUCUGAAGACUGCUCUUUAUUCUUCCCUUGAAGGACAGAUUAGUGUGCGAGGGACACCUUCCUUGUCCUUACUAAUUUUUAAAUACCAAAUAGUUGGAAAUCAUGGUUCUGACUACCAGUAGGAACUUGAUUUGCAGAUGUGAAUGCCUCCUCGCU